GCCGCGAAGAAGACGAAGGGCGCCGGGAACUUUCCUUCCUGGAGGCCAUGGAAGGGUAAAGAUCGCGAAGCAGAGACAACUUCGCCUUCCUGGCGGAAGCCCGAGGCAAAGGCUAAGAGCAGGUCUGCUACACAGACGGAAGCCAGACCGAAGAGCG